GACGAUUGCAGUCACGGUGCAGCUAUGAGAUACGUAAGUUGAGAUUUAAGUUUGUUUUUUCCAUAAUUCAACGAUUACUCGUCGAAUUAUAUGGAAAUUUUGUGUGAAAUUAGAUCGCGUGUAUGUAGUAUGGAUAAGUAUAAAAGUGAAGAUAUGCGAUAAAAAUAUCAUGUAACGGAGUGGCGGGAGAUUGCAAGUAAAUAGCAGAUCAGCUGAUGAGUGACAACAGACGAACGAAAGCUUAUUGUUCUUGGUCUUGGUUAUGGCGACAAGCAGUUCCGAUGGCUCUUGUACAGCACCUGCAGAUUUUCAGCUUUCGUCAGAGUUGGAAGACGUUUCGAAUCGUUUAAGCGUGAAUUUAUUAAAGUGCCCACUGUGCCAUAAUAGUCGCCGAAUUUUUCAUUGUCGGCAGUGUAUUCAAAAUGGAGAUUUUAUCCAUUCAACUUCUGUUUAUUCUGAACGGUUUGCAGAUAAACAAUUGCGACUUUUACGGUUGAAAGCUGCCAGAGCUCAAUUGGAAGAAAAAUGUGUAAAAGCUCUUGAAAAACAUAAACAAAGGGAUAAAUUGAUAUGUGAUAUAAAUACUUGUAAAGAAAGAGUUAGACUACUCCAGUCAUUAGUGAAUGAAACGAGGCAAAGUAUAAACAGAGGUAAUCAACGUUUAAAUAUUCUCAAAGACGUAAACUCUCAGUUAGCACUUAGAUUACCUAGACAUGAAGAACGAGUAGAAAAAUUACAUCGUUAUGUUACUGGUUUGAGAGCAAAACAAGAAAAACAAAAAGAAGCGGUAGAUAGGAAAAGACAGCAGUUGAAAAAAGUCAUCAGAACUGCUGCUAAACAAUUAAUUCAAUAUAUUUUUCCAUUAUCUAAAGUGCAACCUAGUAGAAGUCUGUGUAGUAGCGAGGAAGAUGCUAGUUCAGAUGUAACUUGUGCACUGGCAGAUGCAUCUGGAACAUCAUAUGUUAGAGGCAGAUGGAUAAAUGAUACAGAAAAUGCUCUAGAAGUCCAACAUCGUAUAGUUGCCCCAACUUUACCAGGAAGUGGAGAUUAUAGUGCUUAUUCUUUAUGGGACACAUCUGUUUUAGUGGCAGCAAAUAAAGAUGGUGUACCAGGUGCAAAUAAAGAGACUGCAAUGCACAAUCCAGCAUAUAAUAUCAGUGCUGCUUUAACUUAUGCUACACAGUUGGUUAAUAUUAUUGCUUAUUAUGUUAAUGUAAGGCUACCAUAUAAACUUGCUUAUGGAGAAUUUUGUGGAAAUGAGAUGUCAGAUCAAAAAUUUGCCAAGAAAGUAGCAAGGCUCAAUAGCAAUGUAUUACAUUUAUGUUUUACACAAAAUACCAACACUGCAGUUUUACAUCCAAUGCAUACUCUGCAAAAUCUAAUGCACUUGCUCAAUACUGAAAUUAGUGAUCUUGGGAGAAUUGGUCCAAUGGAAGUUGAUUCAAAUAUUGUAGCACAAUUGCACAGUCAAUUAGUUCCCGAUUUAGAAAAUAGCGACGAUUCUGCUUCUGAUGAAGAGGAAGAUACUUUUAAUUGGGAUUGGGAAGCUGUACCAAAUGUUGCUUGUCCUGAAAUGGCAGUUCCCAUUCCUGGUGCAAUGAUUAGUCAACAAUCAUCUAGUAUGCAAGUGAAUCAAAGUGUUGCUGGAGGCUUAGUUACAAGUGCUGCAGCUAGUAUAGCCUCUAUUUGGCGUGGUUGGACAACAAAUAAAUAGACUGUUCUAUUUAAUUAAUAAAUCUCUUUUUAUACAAAUCAUAACUACAUAUGUAAGAACAUAUGUAACAAAAGACACAAAAUUGACAAUGCUCCAAAAAAUGUGAAAUAUUGAAGAAUGAAUGUUUAAAAGUAUAAUGUACUGUAAAUACAUGUAUGAAUUUAUUACUUCAUAUAUGGUACGUGAAAUAGUUUAAUUCCGUGAUAACAAAUUUUGUAAGAUCUGAUGAUUAGUUUAUUUUGAACUAUUUAUAUAACAUACUGAUUUGUGCUAUUAUUUGUAAUAUAAUUCCAAAUACUUUUAGUAUGCUGAUGAUAGAUUGUAAUUCUGUGGUACAAAUUUUGUAAGUGUACAAGCAACCGUUUGAACACUAUAUUACAUUUUCAAUAAUUCUUUACUUAUAAAUAUGUUUCAUUAAUAAGAUGUGAGUUUAAUACGACUGCCUUUUUUAUGCUCACUGCACUUUGUGUAAUUAUGUAUCUGUUAACAUAUACAUAAAAUAUUUCCUCGCAUUAAAGGUGUCAUUACUGUCAUGAUAUUAUCCGUGUACUUCUAAGUUAUUACAACAUGGUUUUAACAUAAUGUUUUAAGAUCUAUAAUAUUUUGGUUUUCUACAAAUAUAUACAAUCGGACAAAUCAGGUAACAAGUUUAUUACUUAAAACUACUUAAUGUGUUUUAUAAGCGAUAUAAUGUCUCCGAUAGGAAAACCAUAUCUUAAAAAUGUUAUCAUUUUUAUGUAGAUAUGAUCAUAUCAUAUAUAUUUCACACAUAUUUUUGAUCAUAUUAUAUCGAAAAAGAUAUGACCUGUUAAACACUUCAUACCUGACAAUAUACUAUACAUAAUAUGGAUGUAA